AUGAGUGUAACAUUGUUAGAAUAUAUGUUAACAGUUAAUGUCGCCCUCAAUAAACCAACAUACCUACUGAAGCCCUUUAAUGACGCCAGUAACGCUGUAAAUGGAUAUAAACCAACCCUGAGUUCUAGUGAAGCUGAAUGUGUCUUUUCAUAUCCUGGACAAAUUGGCAUAUGGUGGGUGAACCUUACCAACAUCUACAGCAUCCAUCACAUCACCAUCUACUUCCUGGCAGGAAAUGACCCAUGGGGACCUUCUAACCGCUUUACAAGGAAAGUUCUUGGAUCCUCUGUGUACGUCUCCAACACAACAGACAGACUACAGGGUACACUGUGUUACAGUGCACUAGACAAUAUACCUGCUGUCUUCACCAUCACCUGUCCUGUACAUGGACAAUACGUCAUCUACUACAACGAGAGACUACCAGGAGUUACCUAUCCUGACAAGUACUCUAAGAGUGUUACCAUUAUUCUCUGUGAAGUGGAGGUGUAUGGAUGUCCUGCUACCGGAUAUUUUGGGUCCAACUGUUCCGUUCCCUGUCCAGACAUCAACUGUCAGUACUGUCACAUAGAGACUGGCACCUGUCAGGGCUGUAAACCUGGAUACAAUGGGCACCGGUGUGAAUUAACUUUUAAAAGAGAAUUGUACGCUGCUCCCCGCAGUCAAACCUGUGGUCACUGCCGUGACGUAAAGCAGUGCUCCAGUGUCAAUGGAACAUGCUUAACUGGAUGUGAUGCUGGUUUUAAAGGAGACUUGUGUAAAACUGCUUGUGACAGAGGGUCGUAUGGUUACGACUGCAAUGAGACAUGUGGACAUUGUCGUGACGUAAACCAGUGUUCCAAUAUCAAUGGGACAUGUUUGACUGGAUGUGGUGUUGGUUAUCAAGGUGGCCUGUGUAAAACUCCUUGUGAAGGGGGAACAUAUGGUGCUGGUUGUAAAGAAACAUGUGGAUACUGCCGUGACGUAAACCAGUGCUCCAUCAACAAUGGGACUUGCUUAACUGGAUGUGAUGCUGGUUUUAAAGGAGACUUGUGUAAAACUGCAUGUGACAGAGGGUCGUAUGGUUAUGACUGCAAAGGAACAUGUGGACAUUGUCGUGACGUAAACCAGUGUUCCAAUAUUAAUGGGACGUGUUUGACUGGAUGUGUUGCUGGUUAUCAAGGUGACCUGUGUAAAACAACAUGUGACAGAGGGACGCAUGGUUUUGUAUGCAAUGAAACAUGUGGACAUUGUCGUGACGUAAACCAGUGUUCCAAUAUCAAUGGAACAUGUUUGACUGGAUGUGAUGCUGAUUAUCAAGGAAACCUGUGUAAAACUCCUUGCCCCGUUGGAUAUUUUGGAGAAGACUGUUCUGAGACCUGUAUCAACAGUUACACCUGUGACGGUUGUACCGAUGUCAGUGGUUCGUGUGAUUAUGGCUGCCGUCCUGGAUGGAUUGGAUACUUCUGUCAAAAAUGUAUUUAUUUACACACAUAAUUUAAUUCAGCAUUGAGUUUUUAAAAAAUCGGAACAAAUGUAUAUUAUUAUACGUAUAUCAAUUUUACCAAAUGUGAAAACAUUAACUGCAUGCAAGACGAAAAUAAAAAGAAUUCUUAUUUCAUUUUGAAGUUUAUGGACAAAUUUAAAUCGUGUAAAAACAUUGUUUAAAUGUGAACGGGUUGAUUGAAACUACUGUGGAAUCAUUAGAAUUCGUGGUGGCUCAAUUUUCGUGGCAUUCGUGGGAAGCCCUUCCACACGAAUUUACCUCCUCAACGAAAAAAAAAUUAGAAAGAGUAUUCCUUCUUACUGAAUCUGAAAACUGACGCACCAACGAAAUUACAUCCCCACAAAUAAACAAAAAACCAACAAUCCACGAAAAUUGACCCCCACGAAUUUAAAUGAUUCCACAGUAUACUUAGGCGUAACUGAAUUUGGUGUAUUAGAAUCCAAUAUGUUGAUAGGUAAGUGUUUAUAUAUUUUUUUUCUAUUACUUCAAACAGAGAAACCAAAAAAACACAUAAACAGACGAACAAAUUAUCACAAAACAUACAUUUUAUAUA